AUGGGGAGGGCUAGCUUCCUUCAGAUUUCAAAAGAAAUUUGCGCCAUCAAUCUAUUGAUUUCGGUUUUCAAAGUAAAGGACAAAAAAAUUAAGGAUGAAGUAAUUCUUUUCUCCUACUGGAUAUUUACGCUCAUUUCUAAGGUUCUUGGAACAUUAAUACCUUUAAUUUUUAAAUGCUUUGAAUCUUUGCUUGUUUGCAUGAAUGUCUUCAGUCCCUUGAUUAAACCCAUUUUUGGAUCAGUGAAGAAUGAGGAGCUAACUCCUGUUUCUCCCUAUGUUUCCCUUUUUAAGAUUUGUUUUUGGCAUUCAUUGAUUGAGGAAAUGCUCUUCACUUCAGCAUUAUAUGCUAGGGCUAGGUUUAAGUAUAUGGUCAAGUCUGGUAGUACAGAAGUUAAGAGUAGAGCUAAGAAAAAUAAAGGGAAGAAACCAAAUAUGCCCAUAAGUGAAGGGUUUAAUCCCUCCUUUGGUCCCAUAACACGUUCGAGAUCCCAGGCUUCUACCAACUUGGUAUCAAAGCCAGCGACGUUGGUUAUGGGUGAUCCAAAUCGUCCUAUUCAGUCCCAGCUAGAAGAAUUUAUGGCGAUGUAUAAGUCAGAGCAGGCAGCCCAACAUGAACGACAGCAGCAACUUGCAGACCAAUUGGACCAUAUCACACGACUUACUAAUACUUUACAAUCUCAAAUGGCCACUAAAGACGCAGCUGAAGGAAGUCAGAAUCGCUCAGUCUUUGAUGGCAGCCACGACAGCCCCAACAACACCGCCAAUAGAGGAGGUCGCAUUCAACGCGAUAGAACCAAUCAAGGAGACCGCUCAACUACAGCAGACACAGGUGGAUUCGUGCCCAGAUUCACCAAGCUAGAUUUUCCUCGUUUCAAUGGAACCGCGGACCCAAUUGUGUGGCUCAGUUGUUGUGAUAAUUUUUUCCUUCAUCAACACACAAUUGACGAAGACAAAGUAAUUCUGGCCUCGUUUCACCUUGAAGGAGACGCCCAACUAUGGUUCUUAAAACUUCAAAGAGAUAGGCCUAAUAUCUCUUGGGAUAAUUUUAAAGUUCAGUGUCAAUUGCGUUUUGGGCCUCCAAUUCGCAGCAGCAAAUUGGGAGAACUUUCCAAACUUAAGCAAUCCAGUACUGUUGAGGACUACCAACGCCAAUUUGAGAGACUUUCUGCUCAAACCACCACGCUCACCUCUGAACAAGAAAAGGAGAUUUUUAUUAGUGGGUUACGUGAAGCUCUAGCAGUAGAAGUUGAACUACACAACCCAGCUGAUUUGACAACAGCGAUGAGUCUUGCUCGACUUUAUGAACGACGUAGUGAGAAGGUAAGGGCUGAAUCAUUCACUCCUCGUCGGCUCACCACAACACCUGCCAACAACAGCGGACCUAAGCCUUCAUUCAUCAAGCGUCUUUCUCGGCCUGAGAUGGAAGAAAGGAGAGCAAAAGGAUUAUGCUUUAAUUGUGACGAGAAAUUUGAAAUUGGGCACAGAUGUAAAAAAUUAUUUUGGCUUGAGGUUUUGGUUGAAGAAGAUGAACCUGAUGAUGAGGAGCCUGCAAUAUCUUUUCAUGCUAUCUCCGGCACUCAAACUACACAAACUAUGCAGGUAGAAGGUAUCAUCAAUGGAUUUCCCCUACUUGUUUUGAUCGACUCGGGUUCGACUCAUAGCUUCGUGAAUGAAGCUCUUAUCCACCAACUUCAUAUUCAAGCUGAGGCUAAAAGUAAUUUACGAGUGAUGGUAGCUAAUGGCGAACAAGUGAAAAGUCCCGGCGUUUGUCGAAAGCUUCCAAUUCAAAUGGGUACUCAAAUUUUUCCCUUUGAUUUGUUUUUACUUCCCUUGUGUGGCUUUGGUGCUGUGUUAGGUGUUAAUUGGCUCAAGACAUUGGGAACAAUUUGUUGGGAUUUUGCAACCAUGAAGAUGCAAUUUAAGUGGGAAGGCAGCCCUGUUGAAUUGAAUGGCUGCAGAAACUCCACACUUCCUAAUAACCCAUCUCUCUCCUCCAUGAAACUCGAAGCUGAACAAGGUUUGCAAUUACAGAAAGUUCACUCUGAAUUCAACUCCAUCUUUAGCAUUCCUGUUGGUCUACCUCCGGAGAGAAGUUGUGACCAUCGAAUCUUUCUAGAGCCCGGAACAGAACCAGUAGUGGUGAGGCCUUACCGCUACCCCCAUCUUCAGAAAGAUGAAAUUGAAGCCCAAUGUGCUGAAAUGUUGAAACAAGGUAUGAUCAGACCUAGCAAUUCUCCUUAUUCUUCACCUGUUCUCUUGGUGAAAAAGACAGAUAACUCAUGGCGCUUUUGUGUGGACUACCGGGCCUUAAAUGCAAAAACCAUCAAGGACAAGUUUCCAAUUCCUGUAAUUGAAGAACUGUUGGAAGAACUCCAUGGCGCAAUUUAUUUUUCGAAACUUGACCUACGAUCAGGCUACCAUCAGGUUAGGAUGAACCCAUAUGAUGUGGAAAAGACAGCAUUUCGCACUCAUCAUGGUCACUUUGAGUUUUUGGUCAUGCCAUUUGGUCUUACUAACGCUCCUUCCACUUUUCAAUCCCUGAUGAAUGAUGUCUUCCAAAAAUAUUUACGUAAAUUUGUACUGGUCUUUUUUGACGAUAUUUUGGUGUAUAGCCAAACAUGGGAAGAUCAUUUGCAUCAUUUACGUAUAGUAUUUUCUCUCUUACAGCAGCAUCAACUCUUCCUCAAAGAAUCAAAAUGUUCUUUGGCACAAACACAGAUAUCCUAUUUGGGACAUAUUAUCUCGGAAAAGGGGGUAAUGGCAGAUGCUGAAAAAAUAGAGUCUAUGGUUCGUUGGCCUCAACCUACCACGCUUAAGGCACUUAGAGGUUUCCUUGGUCUCACUGGGUAUUACAGAAAAUUUGUCCAAAACUACGGACUAAUUGCUGCCCCGUUAACUAAUAUGUUACGAAAAAAUUCUUUUGUUUGGAACAGGGAGUCACUUGCAGCUUUUGAUCACCUUAAGAGAGCCAUGACAACUACACCUGUACUAGCUUUGCCAGAUUUUCAACAAGACUUUCUAGUAGAGUGUGAUGCAUCCGAAUUUGGAAUGGGAGCCGUAUUGCAGCAAGGUGAUCGGCCAAUUGCCUACUUCAGCAAGCCCAUGGCUGCCAGGCACUUCAAACUUCCGGCGUAUGAAAAAGAAUUAAUAGCAUUGGCUCAAGCUAUUCGGCAUUGGAGACCAUACUUAUGGGGGCGCAAAUUUCUGAUUCGAACUGAUCAUUACAGCUUGAAAUAUCUCCUAGAUCAGCGUAUCACUACUUUGCCGCAGCAGAAGUGGGUUAGUAAACUUUUGGGGUAUGAUUUUCAGGUGGAAUAUAAGGCUGGAAAGGAAAACAAAGUAGCGGAUGCACUGUCACGCAGAGAUGAGGAGAUGGGUCUACUUGCUUCUAUUUCAGGACCACAAUUAGACCUAUUUCAAUCAAUUAAAGACGCAAAUAUGAAUUCCAAAACAGGACAGCAGCUUAUUGCACAAAUCAGAGCUAAUUCCUCUCCACCAGGAUAUCAGAAGACCUUCACUCGAAUUGCUGCUGAUUUUUAUUGGCCUCAAAUGAAGAAAUCCAUUCAAGAUUUCAUCAAAAGUUGUGGGGUGUGUCAAAAAAAUAAGACCGAGGCUCUCCAACCAGCGGGUUUGCUCCAACCCCUUCCAGUGCCAUCUCAGGUAUGGUCUGAUAUUUCAAUGGAUUUUAUUGACGCCCUCCCUCCUUCUAGUGGGAAAUCAGUUCUAUUUGUUGUCGUAGAUCGAUUCUCCAAAUACGCCCACUUCAUUCCCAUGUCUCACCCUUACUCGGCUGUUUCGGUAGCCAGGAUUUUUUUUGAUAACAUUUACAAACUUCAUGGCUUACCUGAGACUAUAGUAAGCGACCGUGAUGUCAUUUUUACAAGUGCUUUUUGGACUGAACUUUUUAAACUCAGCGGUACAAAGUUGGCUUUUAGUUCUGCAUAUCACCCACAAAGUGAUGGCCAAACUGAAGUCGUCAACAGGACCAUAGAAGUUUACCUACGCUGCUUCACAAGUGAUCAACCUCGACGCUGGGCUCAAUGGAUUUCUUGGGCAGAAUAUUGCUACAAUACAGGGUAUCACUCAUCUCUUAAGACAACACCUUUCGAAGUAGUGUAUGGUCGCCCUCCUCCUCGGUUACUAAGUUAUUGUCCUGGGUUGUCACGCCUUGAAGCUGUGGAUCAAGAGCUGCAAACACGGGAUAAAAUGGUUGCUGACAUCAAAGAGCGUCUUCUGCGAGCCCAAGAUAUUAUGAAGACAAACUUUGACAAAUAUCACCAAGCUUUAGACUUCGAAGUUGGAGAUUGGGUAUUACUGAAGCUUCAACCCAAUAGACAGCUUUCAUUAGCUUCUCAUCGGAAUCGCAAGUUAUCUCCUCGUUUUUAUGGGCCUUUUAUGGUCGAAGCUAAAAUUGGCAAAGUGGCUUAUCGCCUCCAACUUCAUGCUCAUGUGAAAAUCCAUCCUGUUUUCCACGUCUCAUGCUUGAAGAGGUUCCAAGGUACCAUUGAAGAGACUACUCCAACCUUUCCUAAAGUGCGCCAAGGAGAAGUCCUUCCAAGUCCGAAAGCCAUUCUUGACAAGCGGAUCAUUGAUAAGGACAUCCAAAUUUUGAUUCAUUGGGAUGGGUUAUCUCCAGCAGAUGCUUCAUGGGAGUCGUCUGCCAUUAUGGAAGUCCAAUAUCCGGAAUUUGCGUUUGAGGUCAAACGUUGUGUGAAGGAGGGGACAGAUGUUAUGAAUCAGCAGCUCAAUACAGCUCAACACACAAAUGGGAAAUUAAUUCCUUUUGCCAACACUUACAAAAGACGUUACCCAAAGAAAUUAAUGGUAGAGCUAAGAAAAAUAAAGGGAAGAAACCAAAUCUGCCCAUAA